AUGAGGAAAAGAAUUACACGCUUUUCCUUGCCCCGGAGGCUGGCCUCUCGCUGGGGGGGCGAAACAUGCGAGCUAUUCGAUCCGAGUAGCACAGAAUCCCGUGCAGACACGUUCUCAACAGCAACAGGAACGCCUAACCUGCAAGAUGCCGGCAUUCAAUUGUUCCCGGGUCUUACGCCGGUCAAUGAACUAGAAGCAGAGAUACAGGAUGCUUUUUCAGUGGAGGUGACCGCCGGCGCGGCAGCUCGACUGUUCCGGGCAGAAACUGGUGAACAGGUAACGCCACAUGGGAAGCAAGCAAGUCGUAAGAGGAGAAGCGAAGAUGCAUUCGGUGAGGAGGAUUGGGGAAAACUGCUGAUACUAGAAGUGCCGCUUGACGACGGCCAGCUCCAGCCUGCCUCCCCGCUCGACCCUGAGUUGGAUGCGCUUAUUGACGCCGUUCUACAUGGCAGCGAAAAUCCCCUUGAUGAACCGGCCUUAUCGCCAGCAGACGAACCACAGAUCUCUGAACUACUUGAUCUUGCUGUUGGUUCGUGGCCCACCACAUUAGCAGCAGCCUCUGGCCUGGACGGGAGAGCUCCAUCGAGUAAUGUGGAUGAAGAGCCCU